AUGAAGACGGCAAUUGCGACCACCCCAGCCCUCCUCCUCGCCGCGCUCCUCAUCACCUCCCCGGCAGGAGCCUCAACAACCAGCGACGACGACGGGACAUUCUACAUUGUCCGCAAGCCCCUGCCGGUGUCGGCGGCGCGCCAGCUGGCCACGUCGCCGUACCCGGAGCUGAGCUUCGAGGAGGCCGUGGCCGCCAUCAAAGAGGCCACAGCUGCGACCGAAAACCAAGAUGGUGCCGCCACGACGACAACAGCUGUUGCGGUCAGGAACGAGGAGACCGUCAACGUCGAAGCCGUAGCGCAAAGGAUCAACGGCGGAGGUAACCAGUGGGGCUGUGUCCAGCGCGGGCUGUAUUCUUACUGCGGUGGGCAGUCUGGGUGGUCUGCUGGAUCGAGGCUGGAUAUGCCCGGGUGGGUGGUGGUGUCUGCUGGGGCGGUUGGGUCAGCAAUUUUGGUAUGGUUGGCUUGA